UAUUAUUAUUAUUACAUGUAUUAUUUUACUAAUAAUAAUAAUAAUAAUAAAACUUUAUUUAUAUCCCGCCACCAUCUCCCCACGGGGACUCGGGGCGGCUUACAUGGGGCAGUGGCCCAAACAACAUAAGAACAAUAUAAGCAACACAAUACAAUCACAAUAUAAAAAGAUAAAACAAUAAUACAAUAUAUCAAUAUAAACAACAAUACAAGAUAAAAAAUUUAUUUAAAAUACAUAAAUGAUAAGACCGUAAUAAAAAAAGGAUAAAUUAUUAAAAACCCACUGGGGCUGAUUAAUUAAUGACUAUCUCUGAAGGCCUGCCGAAACAUCCAAGUCUUCAGGUGCUUCCUGAAGGAAGGUAGAGAGGGAGCCAAUCUAUUAUUAUUAAAAGGAUACAUAAGCACAUUUACAUUGAAGAAGAUGAGAAUAAUGAUUUGAUCAGAGUUGGACAGUCUUAUCUUAAAUUUGAGCUUUAUGUAAAUAUUCAAAAACAUUUAACCUCCUGAUGCCUCAAUUUAUGUAAUUUUAUUGGUAUCUAUUUUUAUUUCUGAAAUUUACCAUCCUCGGCUUAUACUGGAGUCAAUGUUUUCCCAGUUUUUUAGCCAAUCAGGGGAGAAUGCAGACAUUUUGAAUGGCUGUCAAAGUAAAUAAAAUGUUCUGUACUCUGCUGCAUGCUUUAUGGUGGAUCUUUUGAGAGUGCAGACUCUGUAUCUGACAUCCUUUCGGGCCUGAAAGUAAUAAACCUCUAUUCCUGUUGUCUUCAAACCCGGGAUGUGUAUUGAUUCGGCUAUUGGUGUAGCGGAGUGUGCCAGGCACCUGACCUCAACCUACGGUCUUAGCAAAUACAGUAGAGUCUCACUUAUCCAAUGUAAAUGGCCCGGCGGAACGUUGGAUAAGCGAAUAUGUUGGAUAAUAAGGAGAGAUUGAGGAAAAGCCUAUUAAACAUCAAAUUAGGUUAUGAUUUUACAAAUUAAGCACCAAAACAUCAUGUUCUACCACAAAUUUGACAGAAAAAGUAGUUCAUUACACAUUAAUGCUAUGUAGUAAAUACUCUAUUUACGAAUUUAGCGCCAAAAUAUCACGAUAUAUUGAAAACAUUGACUACAAAAAUGGCUUGGAUUAUCCAGAGGCUUGGAUAAGUGAGGCUUGGAUAAGUGAGACUCUACUGUAUUGAAAACAUUGACUACAAAAAUGCGUUGGAUAAGCUAGUGUUGGAUAAGUGAGACUCUACUGUAGCUGAAAUCUGACCUCAGAUACAUCCCUAAUGACUAGAGCAUGCUAGUCUCCUUUAACCACUCAGAGGUUUUUAACUUCAAACACUUACGAAACCCAGCCUGAUUUACUAUUGUAAAGAGAAAGUUCAAGACCUUUUUGUGCCUCGGCUUAUAUUUGGGUCGGCUUAGACUCAAGUAUAUAGGGUACAUAUUCUGCCACCGUGCCACGUACCAGUAAGGCCUUCUCACGGACCACCCUGAGAAUUUCGGGGUGGGUGGGUGGAUGAAGCCCCUUAAAACAUUAUACUAGAUUUCCCUUGGUGCAUUGGCUGCUGAACCAUUUGUGUUUAGUCCAGCUGUAGAGUUUGUUAAUGUGGCAUUUGUGUAUUGAUAGUAUUUAAAUGCAAUUUGUGCCAUGCUUGUAUUGCAACUGAUUGCAUCAUCCAGAAUGUACCAUGGUGUGGAAAGAGUUAAUUGCCAAGAAGCUAUGAUGACCUUGAUGCGUGGCUGGAACUAGGGAGUAUCCAGACACAAGUGUUUGUGUAUAACAAUUGCAUCAGUUCAGUUCAGUUUAGUUGAGUUCUGUCUGCCUAGAGUUUGAGUCAAGUUCUGUUGGAGAACAGAGCAGUCCUGUGUUCCUCUGUCGUCUGCAAGUCUGUUUGUGUUGAUUAUUGCUGCAUACAGUAAAAUUUUGUGAAUAGUUUUACCAACGUCUCUGAGUGUGUCUUUGUUCUGCGUUCCACUGCUUCCAUCCAACUACUGCUGUGCUGCAAAUAUUCUGACAGAGUUCUAGUGACAGAGAUGUCCCUCCUUCCACUCCCCUGAGUUUGCGUUUCCUUGGGCACAGUCUCCUCCUCUGCCGUCCAAAUGCCCUGGGCACAGUCAGCCGGCCCUGCCUGCUGUGGGCAAAAUACCUGCUGGCAUUGGUCCCGACUCCUCAGUCCUUAAGCAAGGUGGAGUCCUUUAUGGAUCAUGGCCACUACUUUUGCCCCCAAGCUCAGCUCGAUCCUGAUGACACCGGACCCACACUACAUCCCUGGCUACAGCGGCUAUUGCCCCCGUUACAAGUUUGCGCUGGGCCAGACGUACGGGAGACUCACCGGGCAGCUGCUCUCCGAUUCAGAGGGGACGCACCCUGGACGGCUCCUGCUGCAGCCCAAUUGCUUUUCCAACGGCAGCAAGGAGGAGGAGGAAGAAGACGAAGGGUCUGGAGGUGGCAAAGUGGCAAAAUACCAAGCCUUUGGGUACUACAUGGUCCCAGGAUAUACAGGAUUCAUCCCUCGGACCCAAAACUACUUUGCCAAGAGCUACAGCCAGGUCUGCAAGGAAGCCAGGAGUGAGUUUGCCCGGCAGAUGGCAAAGCAAGCGGGCAUCAAAGCAGCGUGGCAGCGAGUGGCACCCGAAAGAGGAGGAGGAGGGUCCCCGCAGGAGGGCACCAAGCCGGGGUCUCAACCCCUCUUUGCUAGGGCUAAAACGCCGCUGAAUGCCACGGGGACAGCUGCAGCUCCUUAUGUCUCUCGCUGUGCUUUCCAGCCCCAGGGAUCGCCCUACUCACUGGAGGACAGCAACCCUCAGAAGUACUUCAUGUCAGGUUUCACCGGCUUUGUGCCCAGGGCCCAGUUCCUGAUAGGAGCCAGCUACCCUGUCAUCACCCACCGGGCGCUGCUAGAGUUUGACCGGAUGCUUCGCAAGUCCAAGCCUUCAGGGUUUUCGGGGAGCAGCAGCCACGAGGGACAGGGAAGGGGCCAGGCCCUGCCUCCGCUGGCCAUGGUCUUCCCUACGGACGGGGGCCUCCUGCCCCAUUACAAGGGCUACGUGCCAGGCUACAAGUUCCAGUUUGGGAAGACCUAUGGGCAGCUGACCCACAACGCUUUGGGCCGGAGCACGCUGGAGAAGCAGCCCUUGGGGGUUCAAUAAUAGUGGAGCACCCUCUCAAGACUUCUCUCCACCCCACUCUUUGCCCCGCUUGCUUCAUUCUGUAUAUGAGUCAAGAAGGAGAGUCCGAACAGAUGCUAACUCCCACUCUUGGCUAUCCAGCCAGAGCUCUUCUUUCCAGCCCACUUGCCUUUGCACAUCCUUGAAAGCCUCCCCACUCCCCACAUUUUCUUGCUAUAAUCCCCUAUUUUUUUAAUAUAAUCCCUUUGAGCCACAUGUAUGUUUUUUUAUCCAGCAAAGAAGUGGGUUUCUCUUCAUGGAAGCCAUGCCAAAAUAAAAACCAUUGAAGCUUGGAAUCUGGGCCAGACGAUGCUCCAAACUGAUAUUGAGUGGCAUUCCUAGUGAAGGGACCAUAAGCCAGAAAAUAGUAAACUUUUGCCUCUAUGGCUUUGCCUUUGCAUGUGCCCAUCCCUCCCUUCCUGUGAGCUGGUGCCUUUCUCCAGAAAGUUCCAAGACCAAAGGUUAGCUUGAAAUCAACAAGUGAGGUUUUUUUUUUGUGUGUGUCAGGAGCAACCGGAGUUGCUUCAGGAGUGAGAGAAUUGGCCAUCUGCAAGGACGUUGCCCAGGGGACAUUGCCCGGAUGUUUUGAUGUUUUACCAUCCUUGUGGGAGGCUUCUCUCAUGUCCCCGCAUGGAGCUGGAGCUAAUAGAGGGAGCUCAUCCGCGCUCUCCCCGGGUGGGAUUCGAACCUGGCAGCCUUCAGGUCAGUAACCCAACCUUCAAGUCACAAGGCUUUUAUCCCCUAGGCCACCGGAGGCAAGUGAGGUCACAGGUAUCACUUAUGCCAAGUGGGUGUGGAAGGUGAGGAAGACCCUUAGCCAUUGGUCAAUUUUAGAUAAGCCAAAGGUAUAUAUUCUUUGUUUGCUGAGACAUGCUUUUGCGACGGCCAUUUGCAUAGUACGGACCCAUUGAAGUGGGUGCCUACAGAUGUUCUCCCUUAUCAUAGCUGUGAUAACAAUAAAAGGUUUGUUUUAUUGC